AUGGAAUCAAACAAACAUCGGAAAGUAAAGGUGAUAAAAUGUCUUAAAGAAUACCCAAGUAGAGAUGCUUUCUUUAAUUUUCUGCAUAUCCUCCGGUUAAAAUAUCAAACGUGGCCGGCUAUAAAAGUGGCCCUUGAAGGAAUAAGACAUUGGGUGAACCUAACUGCAUUUUCAAUGGGGGCUUCAUUAGCUUGGUCUUCUCCGGCUACAUCAAAAUUAAACAUAACCACUUCAAUGUCCCCAAAACAAGAAGCUGGGGUAGUUUCCUUACUUUUCUUCGGCGCAAUUUUUGGAACAUCACUCAGCAAGUUCUUCAUGGUAAAAUUGGGAAGAAAAGGAGCUUUGUUAUUAUCAGGAAUACCAAACAUAAUUGGAUUUUUGUGUUUAACAGCUGGUCAUAAUUUUGUUAUCAUAUACAUAGGCCGAUUUUUUAACGGAUUCGCCGUUGGAAUCAUUUUAAGCGUCUCACCUGUAUAUUUACACGAAAUGAGUGAUGUUGCUCAUCGAAAACUUUUAAACGCCACGAUUAUAAUCAGCACAAAUCUUGGAUGUUUAUUCGUUUAUGUUCUUUCGUUAUUUUUUAAGUUAAAACUUUUAAGUAUCAUUAAUGUUAUAUUUCCUUUAGCUUUUGUGGUGAUUUUUGGAAUUAUGUCGCCGGAUACUCCGCAUUAUUACAUUUCACGCGGAAGAAUUCACGAAGCUUGGGAUAGUUUGAAAGCUUUAAGAGCUGGGGGUGAUGAAUCUAUUAAUAACGAGUUAGUUUUAAUACAAAAAGAGGUCGUUGAAAGCUUUUCUAAUAUAAAUAACUUUUUUGAUUUUAUAAGAAACGAAAGAUUUCGUAAGAAAUUGUGGGUUGCUUUAGGAUUAAUUUUGUGUAAUCAAUUAAUCGGAGUUACCACAAUUUUUUGUUAUAUGGAAUCGAUUUUUGAGGGGUUUAAGCCGCAAUUAUCUCCGAGUGUUUGUGUUAUUAUAAUGGGUAUUGUGCAACUUCUUGGAAGUAUUUUUGGGUUAUUUGUGAUUCCUAAGUGCCACAAACGAUUACUCCUUUUAGUUUCGGCGUUUCAUUUAAGUUUCACUUUAAUUGCGAUUACAACUUAUCUUUGUUUAAAACAAUACGAACGUGAGGCGAUUUUGUAUAAAAUGUUUCCGAUUAUUAGUGUAUCUUAUUUGGUUUGGAUUUAUUCAAGCUUAUUUACACCGUGCGUCAGUGUAAUCACCAAAGAAAUAUUUCCAUCUUACGCAAAUUCAGUUGCUAUUCGCGUGGAAGCCGUUUUUACUUUGGGGUAA